AUGUCUGAUCCCACUAAGAUCAGUAUCUUGGGCCGGGAGAGCAUUGUCGCUGAUUUCGGUCUUUGGCGCAAUUAUGUCGCAAAGGACCUAAUCAAUGAAUUGCCCUCCACCACCUACGUCCUCAUCACAGAUACCAACCUUGGAUCCCUCUAUACCCCUACCUUCCAAAAGACCUUUGAGGCUGCCACCGCCUCUAUCACUCCCGCUCCCCGACUCCUCGUCCACCAUGCCGCCCCAGGAGAAAGCUCCAAGUCUCGUCAGACAAAAGCUGACAUCGAAGAUUGGAUGUUGAGCCAGAACCCACCAUGUGGCAGAGAUACAGUAGUCAUUGCAUUGGGUGGUGGUGUAAUUGGUGAUUUGACUGGCUUCGUCGCCGCAACCUACAUGCGUGGUGUGCGCUAUGUGCAGGUCCCGACUACCCUCCUCGCCAUGGUGGACUCCUCAAUCGGAGGAAAGACUGCCAUCGACACCCCGCUUGGCAAGAACCUCAUUGGAUCCAUCUGGCAGCCAUCGAAAAUCUACAUUGACUUGGAGUUCCUCGAAACCCUCCCCGUCCGGGAGUUCAUCAACGGUAUGGCCGAGGUUAUCAAGACCGCUGCCAUUUCCAGUGAGGAGGAAUUCACUGCUCUGGAGGAUAAUGCCGAGUUGAUCUUGGCUGCUGUGCGCAGCGAGGCCAAGCCCGGCCAGGGUCGCUUCGAUGGAAUUCGGGAUAUCUUGAAGGCCAGAAUCCUGGCAUCCGCCCGUCACAAGGCCUUUGUUGUCUCCGCCGAUGAGCGUGAGGGUGGUCUUCGCAACCUGCUCAACUGGGGACACUCCAUUGGACACGCCAUUGAGGCUAUUCUUACCCCCCAGAUCCUUCACGGCGAGUGUGUCGCUAUUGGUAUGGUGAAGGAGGCCGAGCUCGCCAGACACCUCGGUAUUCUCAAGGGUGUUGCGGUCGCUCGCGUCGUCAAGUGUAUUUCCGCUUACGGCUUGCCUACUUCCAUGAAAGAUUCCCGUGUUCGCAAGCUGACUGCCGGUAAGCACUGCUCUGUGGACCAGCUAUUGUUCAAUAUGGCGCUGGACAAGAAGAAUGACGGCCCCAAGAAGAAGGUCGUUCUAUUGUCGGCAAUUGGUCGUACCCACGAGCCCAAGGCCAGCGUUGUCUCCAACGCUGACAUUGGUGUUGUCCUCGCUCCUAGUGUCGAGGUGCACCCCGGAGUUCCCGAGACCCUUAAUGUCACUUGCGCACCUCCCGGAUCAAAGAGUAUCUCCAACCGUGCCCUUGUGCUUGCUGCCCUUGGCUCUGGAACCUGUCGCAUCAAGAACCUCCUCCACUCCGAUGACACUGAAGUUAUGUUGAAUGCCUUGGAGCGCCUCGGUGCUGCCACUUUCUCCUGGGAAGAGGAAGGUGAGGUCCUUGUUGUGAACGGCAAGGGUGGAAACAUUGUCGCUAGCCCUUCACCUUUGUACUUGGGUAACGCUGGAACCGCUUCUCGCUUCCUCACCACCGUGGCCACACUUGCUACCCCUAGCAGCGUUGAUCACAGCAUCUUGACCGGUAACAACCGCAUGAAGCAAAGACCCAUUGGCGAUCUUGUCGACGCUCUUACCGUUAACGGAGCCGGCGUUGAGUACGUGGAAAGCAAGGGCAGUCUUCCUCUGAAGAUUGCCGCUUCUGGCGGUUUCGCCGGAGGCAAGAUCAACCUAGCUGCCAAGGUUUCCUCACAGUACGUUUCUUCGCUGCUCAUGUGCGCCCCUUACGCCAAGGAGCCCGUGACGCUGAAGCUGGUCGGUGGCAAGCCCAUCUCCCAGCCUUACAUUGACAUGACCACUGCCAUGAUGCGAUCUUUCGGCAUUGACGUGAAGAAGUCUGAGACCGAGGAGCACACUUACCACAUUCCUCAGGCCAACUACGUGAACCCUCCUGAGUAUGUUGUGGAGAGCGACGCCAGCUCUGCAACCUAUCCUCUGGCCAUUGCUGCUGUUACCGGUACUACCUGCACCGUCCCCAACAUUGGCUCCAAGUCCUUGCAGGGUGAUGCUCGCUUCGCAGUCGACGUCCUGCGCCCCAUGGGCUGCGAUGUCAUUCAGACCGAUACUUCCACCACUGUCACCGGACCCGCUGAUGGCGUCCUGCGGCCGCUGCCCAAUGUGGACAUGGAGCCUAUGACUGAUGCUUUCCUCACUGCUUCCGUCCUUGCGGCUGUUGCCCGUGGUAAGGACUCUAACCACACAACCCGUAUCUACGGUAUCGCAAACCAGCGUGUCAAGGAGUGCAACCGCAUCAAGGCCAUGAAGGAUGAGCUUGCCAAGUUCGGAGUUGUUUGCCGUGAGCAUGAUGACGGUCUUGAGAUCGAUGGUAUCGACCGCUCUACCCUCCGCCAGCCCGCCGGCGGUGUCUUCUGUUACGAUGAUCACCGUGUUGCUUUCAGUUUCAGUGUUCUCUCUCUCGUCGCUCCUCGCUCUACCCUCAUUCUCGAGAAGGAAUGUGUGGGUAAGACCUGGCCUGGCUGGUGGGACGCCCUGAAGCAGAUGUUCGGUGUUAACCUUGAUGGUAAGGAGCUGAAGGAAGAGGAGAUUGCUUCCUCAACACACGCCGAGCGGAGCAGCGCCUCAGUCUUCAUCAUUGGCAUGCGUGGUGCUGGAAAGACCACCACCGGCAACUGGGUUGCCAAGGCUUUGGAUCGUAAGUUUGUCGACCUUGACACAGAGCUCGAGACAAGCGAGGGAAUGACUAUACCCGAUAUGAUCAAGACCCGUGGCUGGGAAGGAUUCCGUGACGCCGAAUUGGCCGUCCUCAAGCGUUGCAUGAAGGAUCGCCCUACCGGCUAUGUUUUCGCUUGUGGCGGAGGUGUCGUUGAAAUGCCGGAGGCACGCAAGUUGCUCUCCGACUACCACAAGAACAAGGGCAAUGUCCUCCUCAUCAUGCGUGACAUCAAGCUGGUGAUGGAAUUCCUUAACAUUGAUAAGACCCGUCCUGCCUACGUCGAAGACAUGAUGGGCGUGUGGCUGCGCCGUAAGCCUUGGUUCCAGGAGUGCAGUAACAUUCAAUACUACAGCCAGCACUCAAGCUCAACAGAGCUCGCCCUUGCUUCCGAAGACUUCAACCGCUUCGUCAAGAUGGUGUCUGGCCAGGUAGACAGCCUUAACGCUAUUAAGAAGAAGAAGCACAGCUUCUUCGUCUCAUUGACCUUGCCUGACCUCCGUCCGGCAAGUGAAAUUAUUACUGAGGCCUGUGUUGGUUCUGAUGCCGUGGAACUGCGCGUUGACCUCCUCAAGGACCCGGCUGUGGACGGUGACAUUCCCACGGUGGACUACGUCGCCGAGCAACUGUCUAUCCUUCGCCGCAGCACUUCCUUGCCCAUUAUUUUCACUAUACGCACUAAGAGCCAAGGCGGUCUCUUCCCUGACACUGCCCACGACGAGGCUUUGGCGCUGUACCGACUGGCAUUCCGUUCUGGUUGCGAAUUCGUUGAUCUUGAAAUUGCGUUCCCCGACCAGCUCCUCCGUACUGUUACUGAGAUGAAGGGUCACUCCAAGAUCAUUGCCUCGCACCACGAUCCCAAGGGAACCCUUUCUUGGUCCAACAUGUCCUGGAUGCAGUCUUACAACCGUGCUCUGGAGUACGGUGAUGUGAUCAAGCUCGUCGGCGUUGCCAAGACCCUCGAUGACAACACCGCUUUGCGCAAGUUCAAGACCUGGGCUGAGCAGGCCCACGAGACGCCUUUGAUUGCCAUCAACAUGGGUGACACUGGCCAGCUCAGUCGCAUCUUGAACGGCUUCAUGACCCCCGUGUCGCACCCCAGCCUCCCCUUCAAGGCAGCCCCCGGUCAGCUCUCUGCCACCGAGAUCCGCCGCGGUCUCUCCUUGAUGGGUGAGAUCAAGCCCAAGAAGUUCGCCAUCUUCGGCUCUCCCGUCUCCGCCUCGCGCUCCCCCGCCCUCCACAACACUCUCUUCAACACAAUGGGUCUCCCACAUGAGUACACCCGCCUGGAGACCUCCAACGUCGAAGACGUCAAGGACUUUAUCCACGCGCCCGACUUCGGCGGAGCCUCAGUGACCAUCCCCCUCAAGCUAGACAUCAUGCCCCUGCUCGACGAAGUCGCCCAAGAAGCCGAGAUCAUCGGCGCCGUGAACACCAUCGUCCCCGUCCCCACCGCCAACAGCGACAAGCCCCGCCUCAUCGGCUACAACACCGACUGGCAAGGCAUGAUCCGCUGCCUGCGUAACGGCGGCAUCUACGGCUCAACCGGCAACGAGAGCGCCGUCGUCAUCGGCGGCGGUGGCACCGCCCGUGCCGCCAUCUUCGCCCUCCACAACAUGGGCUUCUCGCCAAUCUACGUGGUCGGACGCUCCGCCGCCAAGCUCGAAGGCAUGGUCUCCACCUUCCCGACUAACUACAAUAUCCGCGUCGUGGACAAUCAAAGCCAGCUCGACUCCGUUCCCCGCGUUGCUAUCGGCACCAUCCCCGCUGACCAGCCUAUUGAUGCGGGUAUGCGCGAGACUCUCUGCCACAUGUUCGAGCGCGCCCAGCAGAUCGACGGUACACAGGAUGGCCAGAUUACUGAUGCUGCGCCCCGUGUCCUCUUGGAGAUGGCUUACAAGCCUUCCGUAACUGCCUUGAUGCAGCUUGCCUCUGAUGCGGGAUGGAGCACCAUUCCUGGAUUGGAGGCUCUGGUUGGUCAGGGUGUGCACCAGUUCGUUCACUGGACUGGUAUCUCCCCCUUGUACCAUGAGGCAAGAAACGCUGUUAUGGGAACUGAGUCUUCAUAA